AUGCCUUGUGACCAGGAAGUUCCAAAGUCUUUUGAAAGAGGCUGGAGGAAAGAAUGGGAGCUGGAACACAACGGAGUCAGAAUAAUCUUCUAUGCAUGACUUUUUCCAGGAAACACCAUUGAACUAAGGCUUGGAAAUUUUGUUUGACUAAAGAAUGUUCAAAAUAAGCCUAGAAGAAACUGGUGCUGGUGGCUCCUUGAGUUCCUCUGCAUUUUGUGAGAGUUGUAGCACUUUUCCAGAAAGAUGGCUUUCCAAAACUUACUUUAAAGAGAAAUUGAAGAGUUGGUGGGCAUGUAAUUAGAGAACUGAGGCUAAAAAAGGAGAUGAGCUUCUAUCGCGUUUUCCUCCUGGGAAGUUUUUGUUUCUUGGUCUAAUCUGUGGGAGUCGGUCUUCUGUAGGCUAGUUGAUUCAGUGGUUCUGAGGAUAGUAGUAGGCACCUUAAAAGUACAGUAGUGCAAGCAUGAGAGUUGAAACAACAAAAUACUAUGACCAUAAAUUUCAUAAUUAAAUCUGAAGGGUGGCAAAGAUAAUAUUUUGUUAUUUCUGUGUUACUGGGUAGCUGAGCAUGAGACUAAAGGACUUCUAGCACUACAAUGGUGACAAAUACUUACAUACUCAUCUUGUAGUGCCUUAAAAUUGCCCAGCCAUAUGGCUUACAAACUGCCUCCUACUGAGAAAAUAAGGCCAGCUCAUAAUAAUUGAAGCAAUGCUAAGGGUUGAAUUGGCUCAUCCUGUCCAAUUUUAAAACAAAAGAUGUGGGAGAACUCCAAGUAAUUUCUUCAUUUGUUAUUUCAGUAUUAUAGCUCACAGUUUGCCUCUCACUAGUUUAAUAGAAUGUGUGAGUUUCAGUUAAAGCAGAUCAGCAAAGCUUGUAUAUGUGGGACAGCAGUGAUGGUGUUCCUAGUUUAAAUUUGAUUCAUAAUUAUUAGGAUCGAAGCAUGCGCAACUUUUUAGAAAUCUAAAGUUUUCUGAGUAGACUUAGCUAGAGUGAACUUUAGGCCUGUCUUUAAUGUACAGUUCGGCUGGUGACCAUGGCAGUUUGGCUCUUCUUGCAGUAUCUUUGCUCAUCAGCAGAACUACAGGGAAUACUAAAUCCUCCUCAUGGCUGCACCGGCCCUGGGUUUGUAGUGGCCGUCCUCAGAAGGUGUGUUUAUGUCCAUUCCUGCCAAUACAUCCGCUGAAGGUCUCCACCUGCUUGUAUAUAAUUCAGCAUCCAGCAGAGGAAAGUCGAGUGUUAAGGACAGUGCCUUUGCUAGCAGCUUGUCUCCCUCCAGACAAGUGUAAAAUUUUGGUUGGUCGACGUUUUAGUGAAGACAGGUAUCCUGAAUUAGCAGCUGUGUGCAGAAAUCCCAAUACUCUAAUUUUGUAUCCUGGAGCUGAAGCAACCAAUUUGGAAGAAAUUGCUGUGAUGUCUUCUAGUCCAUCUGUGAUGAUCAUCAUUGAUGGAACAUGGAGUCAGGCUAAAGAUAUAUUUUACAAAAAUUCUCUCUUCCGGCUUCCCAAGCAGGUGCAGAUAAAAACCAACAUUUCAAGUCAAUACGUAAUUCGUACACAGCCAACAAACACGUGUCUGUCUACACUUGAAUGUGCAGCUGUUGCUUUUACUAUCAUGGAAAAAAAUAAGAGUAUACAAGAGACUAUACUCCGUCCACUUCAAGCUUUAUGCUCUUUUCAGCUUCAGCAUGGUGCCCAGAUCCAUCACAGCAAGGAGCAUCUUCUCAAAAAUGGCUUAUAUGACAAGCCAAUGCCAAAGAAUAAGCGCAAACUCAGAAGAAUGGAGCUUUUGGUGAAUAAUGUUAAAAUAUAAGAAAACUGUACUGACAGUACAGUGAGAUUUAUUUGUGGCUAGCAAAUGAAUAUGAAUCUGGAUUUGAUCCAAAUAGUUGACUGUACUGUAAUAAAAAAAACUUUUAGGUCCUUCAUAGGCAAAAGUUUAUCUACCAAUUUGACAAACAGUAAUGGACAAGCUUUUUCAUGUUCACAGUAGGCCAGGUGCCUUUGUUCAGGUAAUAGAAGAUCAUUCUCAUUUCCUAUAGAAAAGAAGAAAACUGUGAGCAUAAUUUAGAGUUAUGUUAUCUCUUGGGUGACAAGUAUGAUCCUCAAUAUGGCUGGAUAAAUUUACUUUGGAGAAGCUUUAUCAGGACAAAAAAGCCAAGAAAUAUGAAUGUUAUGGAAUGGUAAGGCUUCAGCAUUUAGAAAUAUAUUGAAUUUCUGCUGAGAUUUUUAAUGUCAGUAUCUAAUUACAGUAGGUUUUCAAACUAUAAUUCCUUAUAUUACUUAGUUCAGAUGAACAUAAGGCAUGGUAUUUGGUUAGUUCUUUUUAACUUUGAGACUUUUAUUUCUUACAUUAUUAGAAUUGCUUUUUGUAAUUUUAUAUACAUUUUACAAUGCAGCUGGGUUUAGUUUGUCUCUCAGACUAAACUUUUAAAUUAAGCCUGCAUAUGUUCUUACCAGAGCCUGAACACUUCUAACUUAGAAAAAAAAAAAGAAAGUGAAUGUAGAGAAAUGAUUUUUUUGAAUUAUAACUCAGGUACUUCACUUUUACUUGAGCAAAAACUGCUCUUCCACAAAACAGGACAUUUUAUGGAUAUGGAUACCUCAUACCCAUACCCUAAAGGAAUUAAGCCAGCACAGUGUAAGGAGCUAUGUAAGAACUAUGAUGCAAUAAGAAAUUAUUAUGGCUGGAUGCAACCUACUAACAUGAUUACAGAUCCUUUAGAUUUCAUGUGUUCUUUAAUUAGUUCUUCUCUUUUAACAGUGGUAUAACUGUACCUCUUUCUAAUGGGUAUCACUAGAAGCAGAAGAAUAGGGUAUUUUUACAAGCUUUGUAAAGUAAUAUUUUAUGAUCUGGAGGAAAAAAUAAAGUGAAAUAAAGAUUUUGAUGUUCCUUUGUUCAUGUUCAUAAAAGCAUCCUUCAUGAAACAGAUUAAAAUGCUUAAUGUUUGUCUUUACUGUUUGUCCACUCUAGGUAACAACAUGGAGCUGAUUGGGCACUAAUUAGUCUUAGAAAAAGAUAGUUUGUUUUUAAUUUAUGAGCUGCAAGGCAAGGAACUACAGAAGUGGAGGAUGUAAACACAGCUAACCAACAUAUUAACUGAAAGCAUUUCUGCAAUUAACAAGAGAGGUCAAAAUUAGGUUGGAGAUUAGCUAAGAAGUUUUAGUUAACCCUGAGCUAAUAAUGGCCUUUUGUUUAGGCAUGGAUUAACAAUGUAAUUUGAUUAUGUUAGCAAAGUUUAUAUAACCUUUUUCUCUUCUCCCCGUCUAGAUAAAUCCUGUGUCUGUUGCUAAAUUCAGCAAACCUGAAUUAGUUUUGGCAAAUCUGAAGCAAAACAGUCUCAUAUGAUUAAUGACAGUGUAGAUGCACUUUUGCUCAUGUUGGAAGAGAGAAAGGGCAUGUUUAUUCCUGUAGCAAAGCACAGCACAGCAAUCUCUGGGAUGGCUGCGAGUUUGAAGUUACAGUCUUGUGCCACUUGUGUGCACAGCCUUGUGUGUGACACUGCCUCCAGUUCUGGGCUUGGCAUGACUCAUGCUGGACUGGAAAUCUGUUUCCCCUGUGCUCUGGGACAUGGUCCAAGCAUUCCUUAAAGAAACAAGGGUAUGAGUUAGGCUUUAUUGUUGAUGCGAUAUUUACAUAUAUAGACUAUAUUCACAUUUAAUGUUGUAUACGUUAGUUUACCUUAUUUUAGAUUCAUCUGGAACAGUAAUGUAUCUUUCAAUCUACAUUGUGAAGAUUACUUUUCUGGACAGAAUACUAACUAUGUCUUUUCAUAAAAUGUGAGUUUAUAUUAUGGAGAACAGAAAGAAAUUUGUAUUACAGCCUGGGAUUCACAGACAUCUGCAAAAUGCCUUAGAAUUACCAGAUCAGAGAAAUAGUUGUCUUAAUUGAGUUAUAAUCCUACAUUAAAUACUCUUUUGCAUGCAGUGCACAGUUUUCAUGUUUUCCACCAAAGAGCAAAUUCCAUAUGGCUUACAGUAAGUACUUUUUAGUUUUGUUGAUUCCUCUUGUUCUUCUAAUUUUGCUCCUGUGGCUAACAGGAUUUGUAGGAUGUAAUGCUGGAUGCAUGGAAGACUUCAACUGCUCAUUUCCUGUGUUGUACAAUACUAGAUCAAUCACUAUGCAGCAGUUGCUGAAGAAAUGAAAAACAAUUCAUUGCAAACCUCCAGGCAUUUAAUUUUUUAAGUUUUUUGUCUCAUCUGAGCUAUAACAUAGUGAUCAUGUAGCUGCAACACAGCAGUCACAUGAAGUUCAAUUUCAGGUUUGUUCAAAGCUAUUAAACACAAAAAUUGUUUACAUUUUUGGUGGAACUUGCGUGGCUUUAAAAAUAUACACAGUGUGGGAGGAAGCAUUUAGAAAGUUUGUUUUCAGGUCUUUUGUAUUCAGAAUUUACCUCUAAAUACACUACCUCAAAUACAUGUAUACUUCAAAGUCCAAACUCUUGACGAAAGUUGUGCAUAAUGAAGUAGCACUCUUUGUAAGCAAUAGCAUUAGAAUGAGUUUAAUUUGCAAUUUUAUUUUUUGCUGUAAUGGUCAAUCUGUUGUAUUUUUCACUUACUAAAAGAUUGAUGUUUGAAACUCACCAGUCUAACAAGAUAUUGAUUAAAAAGAAAGGAAUUUGUUUGCUUCUAA